AUGCUCUUAGUGGAUCAUGAAGUCGUCGAGAAGCCGAGCGCGGAAAAAACUGAGCAGCCCGCUAACAGUGAGAAGCCCGUGGAGGGAGUCGUAGCAAAGGGCGUGUCCGGUGUGGUGAAGUGGUUUAACGUGAAGAAUGGUUAUGGAUUUAUCAACCGCACCGACACCAAUGAAGACAUCUUUGUCCAUCAAACAGCUAUUGCCAACAAUAAUCCCAACAAGUUCCUUCGAAGCCUCGGAGAUGGAGAGGAGGUUAUGUUUGAUGUUGUCGAGGGUGCAAAGGGACCAGAAGCCUCGAACGUGACCGCUAAGGAUGGUGGGCCUGUGCAGGGAUCAAAAUACGCAGCUGACCGCAAUUCGGAGCGUGGAGGGCGUCGCUUUAGACGCAGGAAUUUCUUCCGAAGCAGUCGUCGCGGGGCUCCUGCUGGUGGUGAAGGUCAUGAAGAAGGAUACACCAAUGACCAUGAGGCAGAUAGACCGGAGGAGGGUGGCCAACGUCGUUUCCGUGGAGGGCGCGGUCGUGGAUAUCGCGGUCGCGGUUUCCGUUCUGGCGGCGGACGUGGUGGCUCAUAUGCACCUGCAAACAAUCACGAGGAUGCGUCCGCUGAGGGACAGCAAGUAGGAAGCAUUCUAUUAUUUGAUCUAUUAUUACUUCGUUGCCAUUGA